AACAAAAAAAAUGAUCAUCAAUACAAAGACAGCAUCAACCUUCCGAGGUGUUGGUGUUGUAUUUUUAGUAGUUUCCUUGAUUCUUCUCUCAACACUCAUUGUUGUUACUACUGCUCAACAAGUUGAACAAAAAUCGAGUAUUGAAAUGGGAAGUGAAGAGUUUACUCCUGAUGGACAAUUGAAGAGUAAACCAUUCUAUGGAGUUGAAGAGGAUUUGGAGAAUGAAAAUAUUUCUAUUGAAGAGUUGAUUAAACGUCUUUCAUCUUCAAGUUCACUGGAACAACAUGGUGAUUUGUUUUUGAGAAAGAUUCCAUUCGAUAAUGUUGCUCAAGUUGAGAAAUUGGGAGAUUUUUUGGGUAGUCCAAAGGCAAACAAAUUGAAGAGAAUUGUUUUUAAUAAGAAUGGUGCUGAGAAGGAUGAUCCAAAUGUUUUGGAAGCUUCCAAGUUGGCUAUUUUACUUGAGAGAGGCUUUUUGAAACAAACUCAACCUACUUUGGAAGUUAUUGGUGUCACUUCUAAUAAUAUGACAUUGGAAACUUGUAUGGUUUUGUCUUACUUGCUCUUCCAAAAGGGAUCUGUUGUGAAAAAGCUCUACUUGUAUAAUAAUAAUAUUGAUAGUGCAUGUUUGAAGGUUAUUUUCAGUCCAAUUUUACUUCCUACUGCUAGCAAUACCUCCCCUGAUAAGGUCACUAUUCCACCACUUACCAAGUUGGUGAUUUUGGCUAAUAAUGUUGGUGAUGAAGGUGCCAAGUAUGUUGUCAAGAUUGCUGAAGCUAUUCCAACAUUGAAUGAUAUUGUUUUGAAGAAGACUGGUUUGAAGGAAGAAGGUGUAUUGGCACUUGCUAAUUUCAUUGAAAGUCAUCCAGACAGAUUGACCCACAUUGAUAUUAGUGAAAAUACUCAAUUUGGAUUGAAGGCUUUCACUGCUUUCUGUGCUGCUGUUGAGAAGAGUACCACUCUUAACUUAUUGGAUAUGAAUGAAAUUGGAAUGGAUAGUUUGAAUGCUGUUGAAGUUUUGGUGAAGCUCAUUAGAAAUAAUAAGAGCCUUAGAAAGAUUGAUAUCAGUGACAAUAGAAUUGCUGAUAAUGGUGUUAAAGCUAUUGCCACAGUUUUGUCUGAACAAAAUGUUCAUCUUGGAAAGAUUGAUAUUUCCAAUGUUGGUCUCACUGGUGAAGGUAUCAGAUAUGUCAUUGAUGCUGUCAAGAAGAAUAGUAAUUUGAAGAAGGUAUAUAUUUACAGAGUUGAAUUCUUCUUUGAAGAUAGUGGCAUUGAAAAGGAUUUGAAGGAAUUGAAGAAGAUUAUCAAGUCUGACUUUAUUGAUGAGGAAGUUAUUACCAGCAAUGAAAUUAAUACUGAUCCAAAUGAUGAAGAAAAUGUCGAAGAACCAUCAGAGGAAGAUAUCACAGAAGAAGAUGAUGAAGAUGAUAACAUUACAGAUGAAGAAUUGAGUGCUCACCCACUGUUUGCCUCACUGAUGGAAUCUGCAACACCUAAAAAGGACGAACUCUAAAUCCUGGAAUCUAGUAUUAUUAUUUAUUGUUAAUAAAAUUUCUUAAUGUAAAUAAAUUGU